AGCAGACACAUUUCUCUCUACAAGGCGGUGCACAGUUGACGUGUUAACGCCGAGUGUUUUUGGGUUAGACGGGACUAAUCUGUCUGCUUCGGCCGUGGCAAUUUUCAGCUAAACGUAACAAUGGCCUUCAAAAGAGACAAGAAGGAAGAGGAAGAUGGAGGUGGCAAUCCAUUUGAAAAUAUCGAGAAAACUUCUGUGCUCCAAGAGGCUCGUGCUUUCAACGACACAUCAGUUAAUCCUCGUAAAUGUACACACAUCCUGACCAAAGUGUUGUACCUUCUGAACCAGGGUGAGCAGCUUGGUACAACAGAGGCAACAGAAGUUUUCUUUGCUAUGACCAAAUUAUUCCAGUCAAAAGAUGUUGUUCUGCGCCGCAUGGUGUAUCUUGGUAUCAGAGAGCUAUCUUCCAUUGCUGAGGAUGUUAUCAUUGUUACAUCAUCUCUCACUAAGGAUAUGACUGGCAAUGAGGCUCUGUACAGAGCUGCUGCAAUCCGUGCUCUUUGCUCCAUCACUGAUGUUACAAUGCUGCAAGCAAUAGAGCGCUACAUGAAGCAAGCUAUUGUUGACAAGAAUCCAGCAGUAAGUAGCGCUGCUCUUGUAAGCUCACUUCACUUGGCACGUUCUGCCGGUGAACUUGUGAAGCGUUGGGUGAAUGAGGCUCAAGAAGCGUUCUCUUCUGACAAUGUGAUGGUGCAGUACCAUGCACUUGGAUUGAUGUACCACAUCCGUAAGACAGACAGAUUGGCUGUAAUAAAACUUGUGACCAAACUUACCAAGCAAUCUUUGAAGUCUCCAUUUGCUGUUUGCUUGCUGAUCAGGAUUGCAUGCCGCCUUCUGGAGGACGAAGACGGUGCUCCUGGUGCUGACUCUACUCUUCUUUCCUUUAUUGAGAGCUGUCUUCGUCAUAAAACUGAGCUAGUUAUCUAUGAGGCAGCUCAUGCUAUGGUCAACCUCCGGCGCACAACAGCCAAAGAGCUUGCCCCUGCAGUCUCCGUGCUUCAGUUGUUCUGUUCAACAUCCAAGCCUCCACUGCGUUUUGCUGCUGUGCGGACUCUGAAUCAGGUGGCUAUGUCUCAUCCAUCAGCUGUUACUGCUUGCAAUUUGGACCUGGAAAAUUUGAUCACAGACUCUAAUCGUUCCAUAGCAACUCUUGCUAUUACUACAUUGUUGAAAACAGGUGCUGAGUCUUCUGUAGAUCGCUUGAUGAAGCAGAUUGCUUCCUUUGUGAGUGAGAUCAGUGAUGAAUUCAAAAUUGUGGUUGUUCAGGCUAUCCGAGCUUUGUGCACCAAGUUCCCUCGCAAGCACAGUGUUCUUAUGAACUUUUUGUCUGCAAUGUUGCGUGAUGAAGGGGGGCUGGACUACAAGGCUUCCAUUGCAGAUACCAUCAUUACCAUCAUUGAAAGCAACCCAGAAGCAAAGGAAACUGGCCUGGCACAUCUUUGUGAGUUUAUUGAGGACUGUGAACACACCAGCUUGGCUGUACGAAUCCUCCACUUACUGGGCAGAGAAGGACCAAAGACAAAGCAGCCCUCAAGAUAUAUUCGCUUUAUUUACAAUAGAGUAAUCUUAGAAAAUGCUGCCGUACGAGGUGCUGCUGUUGCAGCAAUGGCCCAAUUUGGUGCCCAGUGUCCUGAUUUGCAUGAGAAUGUGCAAGUACUUCUGGCCCGUUGUCAAAUGGAUUCUGAUGAUGAAGUUCGUGAUCGUGCUACUUAUUACUACACAAUCCUUGCACUCAAAAACAGAUCACUUUACAACAGCUACAUAACAGAAAGUCUCCAGGUCUCCAUUCCAGCUCUGGAGAGAUCCCUUCAUCAAUAUACACUCAAUGCUACAGAAACACCUUUUGAUAUGAAAUCAGUCCCAUUGGCUGCUGUUGAACCUCUUGUGUCAGAAAUUGUGGCUCAAAAGGCCGUUCCUGAGGGAACCAUAAUGUCAACUCCAGCUCCACAAAGGCUAGGUGUCUCUAAAGAAGAAUCUGCUCUUGAGCUUGUGUCGAGCAUUCCAGAAAUUGCUGCUCUCCUCCCCCAACUUGGCCCUAUUUUCCGUUCUUCUGAGCCAGUUGAGCUUACAGAAUCUGAAACUGAAUAUGUAGUUCGCUGUAUCAAACACUGCUUUGCUAGACACCUUUUACUCCAGUUUGAUGUUCUUAACACAUUAAGUGACCAACUACUUGAAAAUGUCCGUGUUUCCCUUGAACCAGCUGAAGGGUACAGAAUUUUAAGAGAGGUUCCUAUUCCAAGAUUGCCCUAUAGUGAAUCAUGUUCAGCAUUCUGUUUACUUGAAUUUCCUCAAGAUGAUUUAUCAGCCUCAACUGGCACAUUUGGUGCAACAUUAGCAUACAUGGUGAAAGACUGUGAUCCUGCAACCGGUUUGCCCGAUUCAGAUGAAGGCUAUGACGACACCUACAUGGUGGAAGAUGUUGAAGUUACUUUGGCUGAUCAAGUUCAACGAGUUUGGAAGGGUAACUGGGCUGCAGCUUGGGAAGAAGCUGCCAACUUGUGCGAACUGGAAGAUACCUAUGCUCUGACCAGCAUGCGAACAUUGCAAGAGGCUACAACUAAUAUUGUGCAAUUCCUUGGUCUACAACCUGCAGACCGCUCUGAGCGUGUCCCUGAUGGUAAAAGCAACCACACGCUGUACUUGGCUGGUAUCUUCCGCGGAGGCCACGACGUGUUGGUGCGUGCCAAGCUUGCGUUGGCUGAUGGUGUUACAAUGCAGCUUACUGUGAGAGCCAGCACACCGGAUGUGGCAGAACUUGUCACAUCUGCUGUAGGCUAAACUCUGUCCACAUUUAAUCAAACAUAGUGAAUAAAACUGAAAUAAUUAAAAAGAAA